UGGGGUUGGGGGGCUGCAUCACGGGCUGGACCCCCACCUCAGUCCCCAGCAGGGCAGGGGAACAGGGGACCCGCUUGGCACCUGGGGGAGGCAGAGCCACCCGCAGCUCCCCUCGUCCUCAGGCCACUGUGGGACGGUGCCCCAGGGAGAGCAGCACUGGGCACACAGCCCCCCAGCCAGGGGCAGCACUUGGCUGAGGGGGGCACUGCUGGAGCAGGAGACGUCUCAGCUGGGGAUGAGGGCACAGCAGGGGAGCGGGGCAUCCUGGGGGGUGCGCGGUGCAGCCGGGACACCAGCAUGAGGCUCAGUGGGUCACUGAAUGCUGCAGCAGGGCCCCCCAGCUCGCUCAGGCAGAGGCAGGCAGGGCAGGCGGCACCCGCCACCACCGGCCGCUGGGGCUGCCACCACCCCUGGCUCGACCCUGAUCAGCUCAAGAGGGCCAGGCUGCACGUGGAGAGGGCCAUCAAGGAGAAGAAGAUCUUCACGGUGCAGGGCCCCUACCCCGUCAUCCGCAGCCUGCUGCGGGCCCGGGGCUGGGUGGAGAGGAAGCUUCCCGGUGCAGGCAGGGCAGGCAGCUGGCUGGAGCAGCAUCAUGGCAGCCAGGGGAAGCAGCUGCAGGAGGAGGAGGAAGGCAGUGAUGGUGGCAGUGCUGAGCAGGAGGAAGCAGUGCUGGACCUGCAGCUGGGGUCCACAUGGCCUUCCCUGGGGACUACAGAGCCCCCACGGCCACCGGAGGAGGAAGAGGAGAAAGAGUGGUGGGAUGAGGACCCUGAUGGCAUCCACGACCUCAUGUCCCGCCUGGUGCGAGACCAGGUGCCGUACUUCAUCUGGACCAACCGCCUCAGUGCUGUUGACUGCCGGCUGCUGCGGCAGGACCAGGUGGUGAACCACUACGCCCAGGUGGGCGCCUUCACUACCAAGGAGGGGCUGUGCCUCAACCUGCGAAACCUGCCCUGGUUUGACCAAGCCGACCCUGACACCUUCUUCCCCCGGUGCUACCGGCUGGGGGCUGCGGACGAGAGGCAAGCCUUCAUCGAGGAUUUUCGCCUGACAGCAGCUCGCAGCCUGCUCAAAGUGGCUCUCGAGAGGACAGAGCAGCCCCCAAAAUCCAGUGAGGGGCCAGGAGCCCCAGGGCCCCCCUUGACCCCCCAGCUGGUGGAGGAGGCCCUGCAGAUCUGUGGGCAGCAUCUGAGCAGCCUGGGGCACCAGGACAUUGAUAAGGACCCUCCAUCCCCCCGCACCGACUGGGACCGCUUCCUGCGGGAUUACUACUGCGUGGUGCAUGAAGGGGCCAGGCUGGUGCUGAGUGGGGCACAGCGGGAGCAGUGCCAGGCCCUGCUGCAGCGCCUGGCAGGACGGCUGCCCCAGCUCGGCAUGGAGGGUGACUGCAACAUCUGGAUCCUCAAACCCGGUGCCAAAUCCCGGGGCAGGGGCAUCGUCUGCACGGCACGGCUGGAGGAGGUGCUGCAGCUGGCGGGGUGCUGUGUGGCACCCUUGGUGCGGGUGGGCGAGUGGGUGGUGCAGAAAUACGUGGAGCGGCCACUGCUCAUCUUCGGUACCAAAUUUGACAUCCGGCAAUGGUUCCUGGUGACUGACUGGAACCCGCUGACCAUCUGGUUUUACCGUGAGAGCUACCUGCGCUUCUGCUCCCGGCUCUUCUCCCUGCGCCGCCUGGACCCCGCCCGGCACCUCUGCAACGUCUCCAUCCAGAAGCAGUGCAGGCAGGCACGGGGCCGGCCCCCCCAGCUGCCCCCAGACCAGAUCUGGUCCUGCCGGCAGCUCCAGGCGUACCUGGCGCAGGUGGGACAGGCGGGCACCUGGCACCAGGUGAUGGUGCCUGGCAUGAAGGCAGCUGUGGUGGGUGCCCUGCGCAGUGCUCAAGACCUGGUGGGGUCCCGUAAGGGCAGUUUUGAACUCUACGGGGCUGAUUUUGUCUUUGGGGAGGAUUGCCAGCCCUGGCUGCUGGAGAUCAACGCCAGCCCCACCAUGGCCCCCUCCUCGGCAGUGACCAGCCGGCUCUGUGCCAGCGUCCAGCGGGACACACUGCGUGUGGUGAUCGACCGCAGGGAUGACCCUGACUGCUCCACUGGUGCCUUUGAGCUCAUCUACAAAGAGGCGGCCGUGCCUGUGCCUCUGUACGUGGGGCUGAAGCUGAUGGUGGAAGGCUGCUCCCUGAGGAAGCCCCAGCUGCCACGGCAUCGGCCCCGGGGCAAGCCCCCCACCACUGCCCCGUGUGCCCCCCAGCCCCGCGUGCCCCCCAGCCCCUGGGGCAAAGCCACCCAGGUCGCCCAGCCGGGAGCAGCGCGGGGGCAGCCGGCUCUGACUGCCCCCGGCUCUGCCUCCCCGGCACCACUGCAGCCCCCGGGAGGCUGUGUCAGGAGCCGGGGCCUGCCGCAGCUCCGCCGCCUGCCCAGGCAGCCCCAGGCAGCUCUGCCCCUGCUUGAUGUCCGUCCCCUGGCCUCAGUGCCCAUCCCACCGCCCCGGGGAGCCCCUGGCAGCCCCCGGGGAGCUGCAGGCUGGCCUCCCGCUCCCCCUCCUGCCAGGGUGCUGUGUCCGCCUGGGCUGGCCCCCAGCACCUGGACCCCUGGCCUGGGGCAGCUGAGCCCCACUGCGAGGAAGCGGCACACGGCACCUGCCAGGGGGAUGCAGAGGAGCUGUGACACCAAAGGACACCCAGGAGGGGACAGCACCGUGCCCAUCCCAGCUGGGGCAACACGGCAGCACCCAGCUCCCCCCCACCCCAGCCAGACCCGAUCGCUGGGUGGGGGCACCCAGCCCACCCCCCGCAGGGGCUGCAAAACACGUCUAUGACAGGGAGCCUGGCUCUGCCCCUCUGUGUGUGGGAGGGUGCAGGCACAGCUGGGGCUGCACCGGGGCUGCGGGCAGGAACUGGGGCUGCUGCGGCAGCUCCUUGGCCGGGGGCAGAGAGCGGGCAGGAAAAGACGCCUCUGCUUCUGCUUGCCUGUGGUUGCGCCUGCCAGACAGAACCGUGCUGGUGGGGACACCGCUGCACCCCUGC